AAAAAAUGCCUUCUCCCACUUACCCAUGGUUUAAUUGUUGUGCUGUUUGUCCCAAGUUUGCAAAGCUUUUUUUUUUAACAGCUAGAGACAUCAGUAAUGGUUGGAUAUCCGCAGUAUGUCAUAGGUCAUUCUAUAUGAAACAUUCAGCUUCCAUGCCUGUACUACUUCAUCACCACUUAAUGUCCAAAAGCACUUGAAGUCACAGGUAUCUCAAAGACUACAGGAGGAACUGGUGCUUAAUGUGUUGGUGAAAGAGAGGCAAGGCAAAGGUAAGAAACACCAAAACAUAAAACAGGCCAGGUGUUUCUGCUCUCCCCUGCCCAGCCUGGAAACGAGACAAGGCACAGUUCAGUGUGACUACUUCUAGUUAAGAUUCAACCUUAAACAGCAUGAUUAAGAUGAGGUCUUCCAUGGAAAGAGAAUGUAGCUGAAUGCAGAGUAAUGGAUAUGUUGCUAUAGUAAUGACUAUGACAUCAAAACAGGCAUUAUCUUGGCUCCUAGGAGUCACACGCUUAAAUGUGUGUCCAUCAGUACUGACUUGCAUUUUCAACCAUGGGUGAUACAAACUGAUCAAAAGUUGGAGAUGGUACAAAUUCUACAACGGAAGCUUCGUUGCUUGGGUGAACUUCCACCUGUAAAAAAAUGCCUGGCGAAUAAAACUCCAUCUGAACUAUGGCUGGUCCAAGGAGGAGGAGGUGUAUCAGAGCAGCGUUCAGUGUCCUUAGCAGCAGCAUGAAGAUAAGACGGAGGCGUGCAUUCUUUCGUAGCAAGUUUUUAGAUGCUUCCUGCAGUUACUCAGAAGACAGCUCACACCACUGGAACUCCAAGAUGAAUUUCACUAGUGGUAAGCGUUGCAGAGGAGUUAAACCUGUACAGGAGCAGGACGUGCCAAAGGCAGUAGCUUUGGAAGAUGUUUUCCCUUCAGAAGAUCAGCAGUUCUUUCUUACACCUGGAAGGGCAGUCCUGCCACUUGGAGAGUCCUACAACGACAUUUAUAUGGCACCAGAAGAUGAUUUUAAAACACCAGUGGAAACAAUCGCUGAGGAGAAAUCUGCUUUAUCAGCAUUCUUGGUGGAACUGUAUGAACCCUCUCAGAAAUCUGGAACCAAUGCAGAGGCAAUAUGGCCCCAGUGGCCUGACUGCUCCUCACCCAUGGAUAUCGAGCCUUCCGAAUCUAUGGCAUUUCUGGAGGGCUCUGUUACAGCUGCUUUGCAACAACACCCACUAGCAGAGUGGGACAACAAUGUGUGUGAACAAAUAGCAAAUGUUUCCAGUUCUAUGAUGUACCACUGAAAAAAAAUGAAAAAAAACCUUCAUGUCACCUAAAAAA